ACACACCGAAUAUAUUCAGUUUCAAGCAUGGGAAGAAGAAAGGACAAACGGAAGUUCCACAAAAAAGAACAGGAGCAAUCAAAAGAUGGACAAGGUUGGAAAAAUGACAUCAGAGGUGCUGGGUACUUAGCAACUCCAAAAGAGAAUCAGAUUUUUGAAAAGUACUAUAAGGAACAAGGCAUAAUUCCUGAAGAGGAGUGGGACCAGUUUAUUGACACGCUCAGACGACCUCUUCCAAGCUCUUUCAGAAUAACUGGAUUUAAGAGCCAAGCCAAAGCCGUGUUGGCCAUCAUCAAGAGUGAAUUCUUUAGCGAGCUGAUGAACAGGAAGCCUGAUGCAGAUGAGGAAAGCCUUCCUAAGCCAACAUGUAUAUCGUGGUACCCAGAUGAGUUGGCAUGGCAACUAAACAUCAAUAGAACGAUCAUCAGAAAGUCUGUUCCUCUUCAGAAGCUUCAUCACUUUCUCAUCACAGAGACAGAGAGUGGCAACAUCAGUCGACAGGAGACGGUCAGCAUGAUUCCGCCGUUGCUCAUGGAUGUGAAACCUCAUCACAGUGUGCUAGACAUGUGUGCAGCUCCAGGAUCGAAAACAGCACAGUUGAUAGAGAUGCUGCACACAGGAGAUACAACCAACCCAGAGGGUUUUGUGAUUGCGAAUGACUCCGACAACAAGCGCUGCUACUUGUUGGUGCAUCAGACCAAACGACUCGAAAGUCCGUGCUUCAUGAUCACUAAUCAAGACGCAUCGCACAUGCCCAAUCUGCUGGUGACCAAGCCAGAUGGCCAGAAGACAAACUUGCUGUACGAUCGCAUAUUAUGCGACGUUCCAUGCAGUGGGGACGGAACACUGCGUAAAAACGUGGACAUGUGGCGGAAGUGGGUGCCACAGAACAGCAACAAUCUACAUGGUUUACAACUGAGAAUUCUGAGGCGAGGGCUUGAGCUGCUAGAGGAGGGAGGAAGACUCGUUUACUCAACCUGUUCUAUGAACCCGGUGGAGAAUGAGGCUGUUAUUGCUUCCAUGCUCAACAAUUGUGAAGGUUCGGUUGAGUUGGUAGAUAUAUCCCAACAGCUGCCUGCCUUGAAGAGGCAACCAGGACUGACAAGCUGGAAGGUGAUGAGUAAGGCACAGGUAUGGUACAGCAGCAUGGACGAAGUUCCAGAGCUUUUCCACACACAGAUUCGAGGAUCUAUAUUCCCCCCUGCUAAUGUGCAGCAGCUCCAUCUGGAGAAUUGCCUACGGAUACUGCCACAUCAUCAGGACACAGGUGGCUUCUUUGUGGCAGUGCUGCAAAAGAAUAGCCGUCUUCCUUGGAUGACAGCUAAACCUCCAAAGGUCUCUGCACCUGUUGAGGAAGAUGGUAGCAAUGCUGGUGAAGGGGAUGGUGAGAAGAAGAUAGAAACACGUGCAUAUAGCCCACCAAAAAAGAAGUUCAGAUAUGAGGGUUAUAAAGAAGAUCCCUAUAUCUUCUUGGAUCCAGAUGACCCAAUAUUACCACCCAUCAAGGAGUUUUACGGCCUUGGUGACACUUUCCCAGUGAAGUGCCUGAUGACACGCUGCCUGGAGGGUCAGAAACGUCAUCUAUACUUGUCCUCUCCAGCAGUCAAGGACAUAAUUGUGCACAACGAACAGAAAAUAAAAAUUAUUAAUACUGGAGUGAAAAUCCUAGCCAGGAGCAACAAAAAGGGUGUUGAUUGUGACUUCCGACUCUGCCAAGAGGGAUCAAGAAGUAUGCUGCCAUACAUAACUACUAGAGUCCUGGAAGUGGCAGAGCAAGAAGACAUUGUGACACUACUCACUCAGGAGAACCCAUUUCUUUACAGAAUGAGUCCCCCUCUCCACGAAAAGCUAAAGAAUAUAUCUACUGGCAGCAUAUGUUUCCUCUUCAAUCGACCAGCAAGUGAGAAUGCUUCGAAAUUCUCCAUUGAGAUAGUGGGAUGGAGGGGAAAGGUUUCGGUGCGCUCGUUUGUUCCCAAAGAUCUGCGCAUGCACAUCCUCAGACUGUGUGGAGUAGAUGUGUCCACGAUAGAUAAGGCUUUCCAGCUUAAGCUUGAGAAGAUAGAAAACAAAAGAAAAACUGAUGGAAAGUACCAGGACGAUGAUGAAGAAGGUGGAGUGAAUGAGGCAGGGUCUCCGGGUGAUGUGGAAAGUACCGAUAAAGACACAGUUACAGAUUUAGAGGUGGAUAGACAAGAUGAUAGCACUAAGAUCCUCAGUGGUGUAAUUGAAAAUGCAGACUCUGAAGGGAAGAAGUCUAAUGACGGUGAAACAAAUGCACCCAUGGAAGAAAAUAGCACAUCUUCAAUAGGUGCCAAUGGUGAUGGAAUGCAUAAUGGCGUGAAAAGUAGCAAGACAGAAGCCUCCAGUGAAACGGUUAUAGCAACUGCAGAGGAACAUAGUUAAGAAUGGAGUUUGCAGUUACAGACAAAGCAAGACAAUCUCAGCCCCAGCUUAAAGCAGUAUCGUUUGCAAAAUAAUGCCUAAAACGAGCUCUGUGGGCACUCUGAGCAUAUAUAUUAUCUUGUCCAACCACUUUGUAGGGAUAUACCUAUUAAAAAAUACAGAAAUACUUUCUAUUACCAUGUAACCACCAUAACUAAUAUUACCAUCCAAUGAAUAAUGCACAUGUAGGUUUACUCAACUAGCUGGCAGUCACUCUGGCAGUCAGUCCGUUUUUCAAUUCUUUUCCAAUAAACACAGAUAUAUUUUUGUAAUUUUAAUUAAUUUAAUGGAAUACUUGACUCUAGGUUCUAGGGUUAUUUUCAGUUGAUUUAGG